CGCGUACAACAACUCCUUCCGCGGGAUGAGAUACAACGCGUCCACUUUUGUGCAGGUAUUUUUGAUUUCUUAUUUAAUUCUUUUCUUCAAUAUUAUAACGGUUUCAAGUCAUGAUAACCAUUAAUAAAACAUUGUAGGACUUCUCGCACAGUAUCGACGAGACGCUUUAUUUGCCAGCCGUCUCUUUUAUACGGACGAAGCUACGUUUAGGCCUAAUGGCGUUUUUAAUUCACGCAAUAUGGUAAGGUGGUCCGACGAAAAUCCGCGUGCCGUUCGUCAAAUCUCCUUUCAAUAUCGCUGGGCGAUUAAUGUAUGGGCAGGUGUAAUUGGCGAUAGAUUGGUAAAUAUUCUUACAAAAUAACAAUUUUUCUUUUGCUAUACUUAUACAUGUACUCGACGCGUAUAUUAAUAACUGUUACAAAUAAUUACCGCUCUUAUAAAUUACUACUAAUUUUUAGAUUGGCCCAUUCUUUCUGCCACCACGGCUUAAUGGAGAAGUAUACGGACAUUUUUUAAUUAAUGAGUUGCCGCUUCUUUUAGAGGAUAUUCCUCUACAUGUUCGGAAUAAUAUGAUUUUCCAACAUGAUGGAGCUCCGGCACACUUCUCCCGUCGUGUGCGUGAUAUCUUAGACGCACGUUUUCCAGAUAGAUGGAUGGGUCGAGGUGGCCCAAUCGCCUGGCCACCACGAUCGCCGGAUUUAAACGUGCUCGACUACUUCGUAUGGGGCCACAUUAAAACGAAGGUCGAGCACAUGCGUGAACGUGGCGAAGCUGAGGUGCGCGAAGCGAUAUCAGCGGCCUUUCAAACAAUAACGCCAGACAUGAUACGCCGUGCAACACAGCAGAUUGUUCGAAGAGCCGAACUGUGUUUAGAAACACAAGGCAAACAUUUCGAGCAAUUAUUGCAUUAAAAUAAUAAGAGUGGAUUAGGCCUACUGGGGAAACCACUUAAAAAAAAACGCGCCAAGCUAUCUACCUCGAUGGUGGUGCGGAAACGAUAACGUUUUCGUGGAUUUGCGAAGUUUUUGACACUGCAAUACUGUAGCUAAGAGUAAAGCAGAACGUUGUUGCAAUUUUUAUAUUAAAAAAACAAAGAUAAAAAGAUGUAUGUCGCGAAUUUAGCAGAAUAUCUUUCCCUCUAAAGUAUUUACAGAAACACAAUAAACAGCAU